AAGAUUACAUUUGUAAUAUAUGACGGUGUCAUACUACAUUACAUUACAUUGUUAUAUUAAUGCCGUCUGGGUUCUAAUCAUAUAAAAACAAAAGUCACACAAUGGCUCUGAAACUUUACUUCAUGCUUGUAAUCAUGUUUAUGUUGACAGUGAUUUUGGUGUUAAUUCUUCAUCAAGGUAGUCUAAAUCCAGAAAAAUAUAUUUUCAAUCAUUCUGAAAUGCAUAAUUGGACUCGGAAACUCAAAGUUUCAUCUGGAUAUCUUAACACAACUGGACCACGCUGCAACAAUAAGACGCUUCCUGAUGAAGUCGCCAGGAACGUGUUUUCAAGAUGGCGAACAACCGCGCCACAUGACAACACUCUAACAGUGUCACUCCGUGGUCGCCUAGGAAACAAUAUGUUUGAAUAUGCCUCAUUGCUCGGAAUUGCUGUCAGUACAGGAAAACAGCCUCUUAUUCCAAAAUCAAACCAACUCAGUAGACUCUUUAACAUAUCUUUCAUCGGGGACAUCCGCAAUCAGACUUGGACUCUGGUUUUUGAGAGACAAUAUGGCGCUUAUGAACGCAGGCUCCUUACACUGCCCGGUGGAAAUGUCAAAGUCUGGGGGUUUCUUCAAUCAUGGAAGUAUUUCAACUCCAUCAGAGCCUCAAUAAGAAAACAGUUCGUCUUCAGAAAAAAAUAUAUCGACCUCAGUGCGCAGUGUUUUCACAAUUACACAAAUACGCAUAAAAACCGAACUAAAAUCGGGAUUCACGUUCGACGCAAAUACAUGAGAUCUGGGAGUAAGAUAGGCUAUCUGGCUGCGCCCUUGUCGUAUAUUAAAAAGGCUAUUGCUCAUAUGAAGACAAAGUUACACAACCCACUGUUUCUUAUAGCUACUGAUGACAAAACUUGGUGCAGAAAAUAUGUUGUUUCCACGGAUAUAAUACUCAUGGAAAAUUCAGAUGCCCUUGUAGACUUUGCGACCUUGACCUUGUGUGACCACAUGAUAAUGACUGCGGGGACAUUUGGAUGGUGGGCUGCCUGGCUUGCAGACGGGUACACCGUAUAUUACAGAGAUUUUCCCAGACCAGGAUCAGAGUUAGCUAGAGGCCUCAUAAAGCAAGACUACUUUCUGCCCCACUGGGUUCCUCUUGGUGCUUGAUCAGACUCAUUUGCUGCCACUCGAAUUGCCUGACUGGUUUUGUUGUUUGUGUGGGUGUUGUUUUACGCCGCACUCUAUAGUUGUUGUGUCUGCAGCUUGUUUGUGUCGUGGUGCUCAACCCGAAAAACGUGAAAACGAAUAACACGGGAAAUAUGUCUCCAUAUUUCACCUAAACACAUCAAGUGUAUGUGAUCAUUUAUAUUUUG